GCAAAAUGGAGUCCUCCAUGGAAGUUUGCGCUCCGCGAGAUUGUGCUAUCAAAAUAGGCAAAUGGAAAGUGCGAAAGGGUUACAAAGUUUCUCAUGGUGCUGUUUUGUGUAUUUAUGAUACAGAUACUUCAAAGGGACUGAAAAUAAAGGCUACCGAAGUUGGGACGGUUGUUGACAUAUUGGCUAAGGAAGGCGAAUUCUUGGAACCAGGAUGCCCGUUAUUGAAGUUACAGUCGUGUACCCACCCCACAGUGAUGAAGGACAUGUGUGCAGACUGUGGGGCAGAUUUGAGGGAAGAGGCUGGUUUGUCAGGAGACCGGCGAGCUCCAGUAUCAGCAUCUGUAGCUAUGAUCCACAGCAUCCCGGAGCUGAUUGUUAGUGAGGAACAAGCCCUGGAGCUGGGGAAAGCAGAUGAAGAAAGACUACUGAAAAACAGAAAACUGGUUCUUUUGGUUGAUCUUGAUCAGACUCUUAUUCACACAACUAACGACAAUAUUCCUGCAAAUCUAAAGGAUGUUAACCAUUUCAAACUUCCCCAUGGGAAUUCCCAAAUGUGGUACCACACCCGUAUAAGGCCGCAGACUCUACACUUCCUGGAAACUGUCUCCAAGAUGUAUGAGCUACAUAUCUGCACGUUUGGUGUUCGUAUGUACGCCCACACAAUAGCCCGUUUCCUUGAUCCGGAGGGGAAGUACUUCUCACACCGCAUCUUAUCCAGGGACGAAUGUUUCAACCAAAAUACAAAGACAGCAAAUCUAAAAGCCUUAUUUCCAUGUGGUGAUUACAUGGUGUGCAUCAUUGAUGACAGAGAAGAUGUGUGGAACUUCUCCCCUAAUCUGAUCCACGUGAAACCCUACAGGUUCUUCCAGGGCACUGCUGAUAUCAACGCACCACCAGGAAUGGCGAAGACGGAGAAAGACAGUGAACCUAUAACACACAAGGUCAGGAGAGUGUCAAGGUCAGAUUCAAAGGAGGAUGACGACAACAAGAAAGAGGCCAAGGGAGAUUCUGAAUGUGAUAAAGAUACAAAGGGAGAUAAUUUGAUGUCAGGAGAUACAGAAGUCAAGAUCACAUCUGACAAGUCAGAGAUCAAAGGUCACAGUGCAGUGGAAGGGAAGUCUGUAACUGGUGAUAACAAUAAUCAUGUGUCCGACGGUUCUGGUGAGACAAAAGAGUGUCAGUCAAAUUGUGAAACCCCUGAACAGAAAUCUGUAGAAAUAGAUGACACUGGGAAAGGUGAGGAAUCAGCAGCAGCAGGCACUAAAGCUGGCAAUGAUAAAGCAGAUGAAAAGAAAGAUGACAGUCAGAAAGAAAAAAAAGAUGAGAAAGCUGAUGGUGAAAAGGAGGAAGAGGAAGGUGGUAAUGAGGAGAUAGAGUGGGAUGAUGACGAUGACUACCUCAUGUAUUUGGAGGAAAUCCUAACACGCAUCCAUAAGGCCUUUUAUGAUUUACAUGACCAACUCCAGAACAAAACCAUCAAAGACAAAACAGAAUCUCCAGAUCUCAAAAACAUCAUCCCGUAUGUGAAACGGAAGGUACUGAAGGGAUGUAACAUAGUGUUCAGUGGAGUUUUCCCCACCAAUAUGCCACCAGAGAAAAGCAGGGCUUUCAUUGUUGCUAAAGCUUUAGGGGCAAACAUUCAGACAAGCUUCGUACCGAGAGUAGGAAACAACACUGAUGCCACCACACAUGUAGUUGCGGCGUUACUAGGCACAAUCAAAGUGCGGAGUGCUCAGAAAGCUAAAGGAGUCCAUGUGGUCAUGCCUAACUGGCUGUGGAGCUGUGCGGAGAGGUAUGAGAAAGUAGACGAGCGAUUGUUUGAACUGACAGCAACAGGUCCUUCCUCCUCUCGCAACAGUCCAGAAGUGUUCAGCCAAAAGUCAAGAAAUUCAAAACGCAAAGCAGAAGACAGUGAUGAAUUAUCUGAUGAGGACAAUAGAAAACGUUCGGAGAAAAAACCAAAAACAGCUGAUACAAAUGAUAAAAGAGAAGAGAGAUUUUCUGCCAGCUACAAUCCCCUCUAUUCCUUCUCAGACGACGACAUAGCCUGUAUGGACAAGGAGGUGGAGGAAAUCAUGGAUGAGUCUGAUGGCGAUGAAUCAGAUGAAGAUGAUGAGGAAAGGGAUGCUAGAUUUCGUUCCAAAGUGUUGAGUUCAGAAUCUGCACAUGAAUCAAUGAGUGAAGAUAGUAUGACUGGAGAUUUCCCGAGGGGGUGGAAGUCCAAAGGUAGAAAGUCAACCUCAAAUGAAAACAGUCCCGGUCACGAAAAAGAUCCUGCUGAUGCAUAUAUUGAAGGAGGUGAAGAAAGUGAGAAUGAAUUAGACAAAUUUGAAAAAACUGUUGAAGCUUUUGCAGAAGACAGUGCAAGUGAAUCAGACUCUGGUGAAUCAAUCGGGUCGGUUGAUGAUGAAAUGGCUGCUGCCGUAGAGAGGGAGUUCCUCUCUCAGUAGUUAAUAUCAAAUUGUUUUCAUUGACAUGAAUUGUUUUCAUUGACAUGAAUUGUCAUCCCAAUUGUUUUGUUUACUAAUACAUACACUAAAAUUUUGUUUUCACACAUUAAACUUCAAUUUUGUCUUGAAUUCGCCACAAUACAAAAUAUGAAUAUCUUGAUGUUUAAACAGUUUGAUUUAUGCAGUAAUAUUCCUGACUUCUAAUUAAAGAAGUCCUCUUGUUAAUCAGGAUUAUCCUGCUAGCAUUGUGAUCCUCAGCAACUUAACACUUACUCUACUACAUUAUUUCUUGUAUUCAUAAAUAAUGAUAAUACUUCAAGGUUCUUAUAUAAAUAACACUUUAUCACAACCUAGUUCUUAGGUCGUCUCA